AGCCCCUUCUCAGCCGUCCGAUCUAAUAUCAACAGUUGGUAUUAAUAAUAAAACAGAGGGGAUGACGCAAAAUUUUAUACCGAACGUGAAAUGAAACGAAACACCACCUGCCGCGCCAGAACCUCCAUUUAGAGCGGGAGAAACGCAAAAUUUCCCCCCAAUCCGCCUCCACCUUCUUCGAAUCAUUCUCGGCUCCUCUCUCCCCGGCCCGCUCGAGAACCUGGGUCCGCCAUGGCGACGCUCUUCCUCGCCCUGCAGUGCGUGGAGUGCUCCACCAUGCAGGUGAAGCAGCAGAAGAAGAGCAGCAACAAGUGGGCGUGCGUGGUGUGCAACCGGCGCCAGUCCGUGCUCCGGGUGCACGCCCGCGGCUACCGCGCCGCCGACCUGCGCCGCUUCGUCCAGGACGCGAACCUCGCACGCGGCCGCGGCGCGCCCGUGCGCGAGGCGGACUGGGACCCGCCGGUGGCCGGGGAUCAACAAGACGAGCCCCCGAGGGAGAAGAAGCGGAUGGACUGGUCCGAGUACCUGGACGACACCGGGGAGCGUCAUGCCGGCCGCGGCUUUGCCGAUUCUCGUGAUGAUGGGAUUGAAGUGACAACUGAGCUACCCCAGGAAAGACCUAAAGCUCCUUCCUUGAAGAGGCCCCGAAAAGCCCAAUUGGGUGUAGCUGGAAAGAGGCCCAAACCACCAAUCAACCCCUCUUUAUCCAAGAUGCAGCAAAUGGAACAAGGUCCAACUUGCUCAACUGUCUGCUCUGCAACUUCUACUGCUGAAGCACAAAGAUCAAAGUUCAGCAAGUAUUUGGACAGUAGCUUCUUUGAAGAUAGAAAUCAGGAGGGUUCUGGGCUCCAUUGGACUGACCUUGAUGAAAGUGCUCCCACUACUGAGGUAGUGGUGGAUGAUGAGUGUAUCUGCUCAACCUCUUACUACGCACCCACCUUCAUCCUUGGAGUUUCAGAUACAUCUAUGUUACUAAGAUAUUCUUAUCUUCAGAUAAGUGUUGGAUUAGGAAUAGGAAUUAUAACUCGGAAUGUUUUGUUUCAUGUAUAGACAGUUAGGCACUACUGCAGGAGCCCAUAAUGCAUGAAUAUAUUUAGCUUUCUUCAGUUAUUAAUAUUUGAACAUAUAUAACAUGAUGGUGCUAAAACCAAUGGAAACAUGUUCUAAACUGCCAGUCUCUGCUCUCUAGUUGACCGAGCACCAAACAACUCAACUCCACUUAUUCCUUUUUUGUAACUUGCUAAGUUUAUUUCUCCCAGAUCCGGGUACCUUUCUAACUUGUCCUUCAAAUGAAUGUAUCUAGCAUUAAUUUGGUGCUAGAUACAUCUAUUUGAGUGACAAGCUUUUUCGGACGGAGGGAGUAUAAUAUUAUAAGAAUGAGGCAAAUGAUCAUACGGUAGUCGUAGGACUGUUGGACGCGCUACAGAAAUACAACCUAUACAGCUAUGCCCAAUCGCUUCACUAAAUAAAAGGGAAAAGGGAACGCCUUUUCCUUUUCCCUUUAAUCAUGAGCUUUCUUUUUGCAUAUUAGUAUCAUUUAUAAUCUCUUGAAAUGCAUAGUCUAAUUUAAUUUGGCUAUACCAUGCUUCUCUCAGCCAUGCACAAAAGCCCAGGCAAAUGAUUGCCUCUCUUUUCUGUUGGAGCGACAGAGCCAUUAGUUAGCCACAUUGUCAUAGCACUGUUGAAGGACAAGCAAUUGAUUAACUUGUUCAUUUUUUUUCCAGUACCUUCUAUCUGGGUUAUACAGUCAAUAUUAAUAAGCUAAUCUGUUUGGUUAGCAAGCGAAAGGCAAUCACUAAGAGUGUCCCCUUGAAAUUUCCCAACUUCGCAUUUUAUGAAUCACAAAACCGUGAUCAAGUUCAGACAGUUCCAUUGUUGUGUUGUAGAGAAGGAUGCCGUUCAGUUUCAUUGUUUUCUCUUUCUCUCUCGUUCAAGCAUCACGUUCCCCGCAAAAAAAAAGAAGAAAAAGCAUCACGUUGUCAGUUUCACUGAUAGAUAUUGCUGCUGCUAUUGAUCCAUCCCAAAUUUACACGAGUAGUUCGCUGGUAAGCCCGGAGUCGUGCCUGUGAGGUGUCGUGCUUUGUAGUGCACCUUAAAGCGAGCAAAGGCCGACAGCUCCGCGCGUCGUGGCACAUAUUCCUCUAGUGGUACCGAACAGGAACAGCUAGGCACGAUACCCAGUUCCGCGCCCCUUGCCGUAGGCAGCAGGACGGCAUCGUCUCGGCUUUCGAUCAUGACGUUCAGACCCUGAGAGGGGCUUCUAUGUUUUUGCCCGUUGACGUUUCUUCAUGCGUUUGCUUUACUUUUAUAUACAGCAUCUCUGUUGUUGUUUUUUUUUGAGGGAAAAGAGUACAAUUUACUCUUCAGCCAACACAAGGUCGGCAACUAGCGCAGCGCUCAGAUCAGCCGGAACACUCGCUACCAAGUACAUUCCAUCCAUUUUCCUAGCCCGGGCCGCCAGUAGAUGAGCCAUCUUGUUUUGAUUUCUGCUGACAUGUUGGACCUGAGCAGCAGCAAACUUCGCCAGCUCCACCUUGAUAUCAGCGAGUACUGGAUAGCAUGCAGACAAACUACUGGUGCCCGACCUGAGCUCAUUCGCAAUGUACAUACAGUCUGUUUCCGCGAUCAUCGGACCAGUAUAAAGGGCGGACAAGUGUCGCAACCCUGUCAGCAAUGCCUGCGCUUCAGCUUCCUCCGCAGACUUGCAGCGUAAGCCAUGUUCAGACAGCGAGAAGAUGACAGAACCAUCAUGGUCUCUCGCAAUUGCACCCGAGUGGGAAUCACCGCUACCAGUUAAAAACGCUGCAUCAGUGUUCAGUGUGACUGUUCCCGCCAUAGGGGGCCUCCAGUGACUGAUGGUGUGAUCCACAGUGGCUCCUACCUCUUGUCCAUCUAUCCCUGUUGACAGCGGGAACAGAGAAAACCCCUUCGCCAAAGCACCCCCGCUCUGCAGCGCCUUCUGCUUCCCCUUACUAUCAGUUUCCUCCCCCGAGCCUCCGCAGGUUAGUUCUUCCACGUACUGUUUUAAGAACAUAGCGGAUCGGCUAACCAGCUCCUUCCCUGCAUUAUGGGUGCAAUCGUCUUGGAGGAACCAACACCGCCACAGCAGCAGUAAAAUUUUCGUUCUAAUCUCUGGUUUGCAUGGGUUAAGGAGGAUCUGCAGCCAAUCAUCACCUGAGUAUCUGAGUUUUUCCUCGCUAGGUAGCUCCCAAGCUGCUCUCAUUUCAUGUCUUAGUGCCCUGCUCUUUGUGCACGAAAUUACAGCAUGAAAUUCAUCUUCCUCGCCGUUCCCGCAAAUAUUGCAAGUGCUUCCCACUUCCAGUGUGCGCUUCCAUUUGUUCUUCUUUGUAGCCAUAGUGCAAGUAGCUACUCUCCACCCAAAUAUCUUAAUUUUCUGAGGCACCUUCGCCUUCCAAAUAAUGUCCCAGAUACUACGAUCUCUGUUGUUUUUUUAUUGAUUAAACGUGUGGGAGUACCAUCCCUGUCAAGAAUUGCUAGUCGUUAAUUCAUACCACCAACAUCUCCGCAUCAAAUUGCUUGAUGUAGAUGCAAACUCGUCUACAAACACAAUACAUUUUGGUCUGCGUCGUAGGCUUGCCGUUCUUUCCCUCUCCCCCACCUCAACCAAAAAUCUGCUGCGUCGCCAUUUUUAUAAAACUAGCGGGGCAUUUAAUUUGGCAGUUGAGUACUGCACCCUCUUCUGGUCGCUUCCGGAUGUGAAGUCUUUGAUACAUUUUGAUCGGCGUCACAUUCUUGUGGGUGGCAGCUAAUUUCACGGCGAGAUAUCUUGCGUGAGUUCAGCUGAAAGCUUUUGCUAAGCAUAAUUGAGCCUGUGAUCAUGUUCUCGCCCUUUAUUCCCUCCCUUCGCUUUGCUCCAUCUUUUUCUUUCCAUCUUCUCUUUUAUUCAAGGAAAGUACUAGUUGUGAUUAUUUUCAACUCUGGUUAGGUCAAGUACUUAGAAAUUCAUUUCAGUGGAGAGAAACGGCCUCCGGAUAAUAGAAUCCGUUACGCAUUACCUUACAACCGCGAGACAGCUGCCUGCCGCGGUGACACGGCGUGCUUUUCUGACGGCAGCGACAUGGCAAGUGCGAGUAUGUCACAAAAAUAUUGGUUUUAUUAGUACGUGAUGAAAAUGAGUAGGACUAUACAAUCACGUGUUGCAUCAAUUGUGGCAAAAUCAUCGUUGUAGAGAAGAAAAAUAACGCACCAUGAAUUGUGGGGUUGGAGUGUCUCUUAUACGGUCCGAUCCCAUACUAACCCUUACAGUAGAUCAUUAUUGUGCAAUUGCACGCACGUCAAAUCCAACCCCAUCUCGGCAUGAUUCGCUGUUCACCCUGUACCGGCGGCCAGCGCGGGCGGUGGCCCAACCUGGUUCCCAGCGGCAGCAGAGAGCCGACGGUUGGUGGUUGUUGGCUGGUCCUGGUCGAUCGAUCGGCAUUAUCGUCGGGGCAAUGGUUGGAUUGGUUAACCUCUCUUUCUACGUCCGGCCUGUUUGCCCGCUCCGUGCUUCCUCCACUCUCCCGUACUAGUACUUGGGAACGGGACGCCGGACGCGGCAAAGGAAAGGAGAAGAGGAGAGAGAUGCAUUUGUCCGUCGCCGCUAGCUGCUUAAGCUUUGGGACGUCGUGUCUUUUGGCGUCCAAGGAAGUGAUGGUGACUGGACAUGGCACAUUGCACAGCACCAAUCGUCCUGAUUGAAGCGGACCAUUUUUAUCGUUAACACGUCCGGAGGGCAGGAAGUGCACGCGCUACCGACCGCACGCACUGUCGUGGCGGAUAGCAAUUGCUGUAGAUGGCCAUCUGCUCCGGCCGUGCGUGCUUAUGUUAAUGGCUGGCUGAUCGUGGUACCAAACCGGAGACGUGUCCGUUGCAGCGGAGCGGAGCAAUGCGCCUGCCCUCUGCAUCAUCACCCGAUCGAUUCAAAGCUUAAACUAGCUCAUUACUUUCUUUCUUUCAAGUACUAGCAGGCUUAGACGAGACACUAAUAAAAGCAGAGUAGGGAAGAUGGAGUAGGUGUUUGGGUGGUCAUGCAAGGGCAAGGCUAUUGUUUGGUUGACCGUCAUAUUGAAAUUGCCAUGAUUCCGUUUCGAAAAAAAAAAGAAAUUCCCAUGAUUCAGUGCACAUUUCCGAUGGGAAUUCUGAAUCACGGCGCAGUAUUAUCCGUCAGGUCAGUAGGGUCAGCAUAAGCGCAAAUGAAGAUGCUAAACCCCACUGAACCCGCUUCCACACUUUUAACACCGGCUCCCGGACGCACACCUGCACUGACAAAUGGUCCCGUACGUGCAUUCCCAGUCCCACACCACCAUCCGCUCCGACGCGCGCACGUACAGAUGAAGGACAGCCAGCUCAUCACGCCACCAAAACUGGAAAAGCGGAGGCCGUGCCAGUUUACAGCAGCCUUCGGCAACUCCACUUUUUAUUCAACCAACCGCUCUAAACCCGACGCCUCACU